AUGGCAGCCUUAGAUGCGAAGCUUCGUCGCCAGCAGCGCAAGGUCUUGUUGCAGGUUCUGGUCAGAGCCAAAGGGGACAAGGCUGUCUUCAAGAAGGAGGUGGAACACCUUAGCAAGAAGUCUCGAAAGAACACACUCAAGGUGGAGAAAGGUUUUUACACAAAGGAAAACAUGCGCAAAGUUUUGGGAUGGAAUGCGAAGCGAAUCAAGGAUGCGGUCAGGUACUGCACUGUGAAGUCAAGGGUGAAAACGCAUGUGAGGCGUGACAAGUAUGAGCGGGACCUCAAAGAGUACUGGGUUGACACAGCCACCACGGGCACAUUCGAGAAUGAACACGAAGAGUCUUUGGUUGACCGAACGUCAACUGAAGGGAUUGCCAGCAGCUUUGACCUUGGGCUCCCUGCUGCGCCAGAUGGCAUCGAGGACCAAGGUGACGAGUCUGAGGCCGAGUCUACUUCUGGAAAUGAAGCUCCCAGUGUCCGUUCGAAAGUUCCCAAACCGGAUGACCUUGAGAAUGAGCCAGUCUUUGAGGCAGUUGAGAACAUCAAAACCGUUGUUGACAAUUUGCUUCGAGUUCAGAGCCGAUUGGAUACCCUCCGUGAGAAGCUGACAGCCCUGAACACUUCUGAAAGCCAGCAGUGCCUCCCGAAGGUGGAUGCCUACCGUUCCAAGCUUGAAAAGCGACAUGAUGAGCUUGCCGAUCUCAAGUCUUAUUUCGAUGGGCACAUGAAGGCAUCUGAUGGGGAAGAACCAUUUGAGAAAGCGAAGGUGAGCCAAUUGCAGACCCUGCUGCGAAGCAUCGAAGUGGAGUGCAUGCCCCAGACAUUCAGCUUGUCCAUGGAGGUGGUUUCUUAUUUACAUCUUCCCUACUUGCAGGACAUCCCGCGCUUUGAUGGAAGAUACAAAGCUGAAGAAGUCCAGACGAUCUUGAAGCCCACCAAGCCCCCGAAAGGGGAUGAGCCUGGUGCCAAUGCGCCCAGCGGCAGCGGCAAAAGGCCCAGGGCCAAAGCUCCUGCCAAGAAACGUAAGGCUGCCGUGGCAGAACCAUCCGAGCCGGCAAAGAAACCUAAGAUUAAGAAGAAGAAGGCAGCCAACUGUUCCACUCCUCAAGCAGUUGCAUCUUCGCACGGCCCCGUGGGUCCUGCAGGCAAAGCUGUGGCACGGGCGAUCGCCAAGGGGGUUACCGAAAAAGAAGCCUGCCAUUUGGUGCAGGCAUUUUGGGAGGAGUUCGAACCCUUGCUGAAACCCGAUUCCAUAGUCCCAAGUGGAAACUUUUGUGCAUUAGCAUCCAGGCUGGCCAGAACAGACCAUGAGAACCGUUUGUCCAGCCACCUUCCCAAAUUUGGGCUAUGCACCAACAUCCCAGUGAGUUUUGUUGAUGUGGGCCUGUCCGAAACACACCCAAUCUUAGCGGUUUCCGACUUCAUCAAGACAUUGGAUGCCGACAACAAAAUGGACACUCUAUUGAUGGGCAACCGGGCUCAACAAUAUGAAGAGUUCUGGAAUUAUUGGCGGCAACUUGUAUGUUGCUAUGACUACGGAAUCUUCGGGUGCAACUCUUUUGAGGAGCAUUUGUCAACCGUAUUUGCUGAGCUGAAACAAUUUUGCGCACGGAACUCAUUGCAACUGCACAUGAUGCACCUAUCGCGACAAUUGCUUGGUUUUACAAAAUCCAGUGAGUACCCGAUUGGGAAUUGGUUCAAAGGUGCUGACACAGUUUCGCUCUUGAAAUUUCUUGAGAUGAUUCUUCCUGAGAAACUAUUGGAUGCCAGUGUGGACGAAGAGACCAACAAUUUUUUCCAGGUUCAAUACCUCUGGAAAUAUCGUUCCUUUCGCUUUGAAUCUGAAAGGGCCGGGCCAUUGGAACCGCUGGUGACGGGAGAAGCUCGGCUCACCUGUGUGACUGUGGAGGUUGUGGAAGGCCAAGCUCGAUGCCAAAGCAGAUCUUUCGGAAGCCGCAAAGGCAUGACCUGGCGGGGCACAGGGCACAGCACGGUGCAUGCCCGAGGCAUUGACUUCUUCCUGGUUGCCUUCGUCGACCUGCGAGGUGUCUUGAGAACGAAGAUGGUUCCAGCCAGCGCUAUCAAGCAGAUUCAACGUGAUGGAGCAGGAUUUGCCCCAGCGGCAACGUGGUUGGAUUUUGGACCUCACGCUGCAGAUCUUUUGGUCAUUCCGGAUGCUAGCACUUUGCUUCAAGUACCUUUCAGCCCUGAGCUGGCCAUUGUGAUGGGAGAUUGUUUCAUUGAAGGGAAGGAAGUGGCGCAGUCACCACGUGCAGUUCUCAAGGCGCAGGUAGCUGAAGCAAAGAAGCGUGGCUACGUCUUCAAAUCCGGCGUAGAGGCAGAAUUUUUUCUCUUGUCCGACAAGGAUGCAAUUUCUGAUUCCAGGGACACACAGAGCAAGCCCUGCUACGAUGCACAGUCGAUGAUGAGAAGAUAUGCUCUCUUGGCCGACAUCGUGAAGACGUUAAACGCGAGCGGUUUUGGCGUUUACCAAACAGACCAUGAAGACGCCAAUGGCCAGUUUGAGAUCAACUGGCACUACCAGGAUUGUCUCACAACAGCAGAUCAGCAUGUAUUCUUCAAAUGGGCUGUCAAGACCUUGUCUGAGCGCCAUGGCUUCCGCGCCACGUUUAUGCCCAGACCCUUCAGCAAUCUGAGCGGCAACGGAUGUCACAUCCACUGUUCCCUCUGGGCGGGGGACAAGAACGUUUUUGAGGCGUUAUCGCAGCGCUGGGCGCAGUCGAUAUGA